AUGCUUGAUUUUUUAUUUUACACAGGAAUUAGAAUAAGUGAAUUAUUAAAUAUUCGCCAUUGUGAUUAUCAAAAUAGAAGUUUGCGAAUACAUGGUAAAGGUAAUAAAGUUAGAUUUAUCUUUGUUCCGGAUUUUUUAACUAAAUAUUUCAAUGGUAGUUCUGUUUUUUUAUUCCAAUCUAUCAAUAGUAAAAAACUAGGUGUUAACCGAAUAAGAAUAAUGAUCUAUCUAAAAGCCAAAAAAGCAGGAUUAAAUAAACACAUUAGUCCUCACACUUUUAGAAGAAGUUUCGCCACCUUGUUAAAUAAUAAAGAAGUAAAGUUAACCACCAUCCAAAAGUUGUUAGGACAUAGCAAUAUUAACACUACUACUGACUAUAUUCAUAAUUCUCAUGAAGAAUUGUACAAAGAUUAUAUAGCAGAUUAUGACAGACUAACCCAAUAA